AUGAUUGUCCUCACUCACGUAACUGGAGGAUUGGCUCCGUCAUUAGCCUUUCGCUUCGUUUCAUUUUUGCUGAUCCUUCUGCUAUGUUGCUUCGAGCGCGUUGUCGCAGAAGUCGAUUCCGAGUUCAAAUCCAGGCCUGAUCUGUACCCGCCGGUCUUCACCGUUGAACAAAGCGAACCGAAGAAGCUCAGUCCAGGGUACAUCUUUCUUGGCCCGUAUGAGGCCGAUAAUUCUGGGCCAUAUAUCUAUGAUACUGAAGGGAAUCUAGUAUGGAGCGGCUGGGGUAAUUCGGGGCCUGGGAAUGCCCAUGGCAUGCACGUAUGCAAGUACAAGGGGGCGAAUCACCUGUGCUUCUUCCAAGGGAUCCAGCAGAAUGGGUAUUGCAGGGGUCAUGGUGUCAUUAUGGACAACCGGUAUCGCAUUGUCAAGACCGUCACCCCCGGGGGAGGGAUUGCAUCGAGCGAUAUGCACGAGUUCCGGCUGGUCAAUGACGGCAAGACGGCGCUGAUGACGGUCUAUCAACAGCGGCAGUUCGACAUGAGCCUCUGGAAUGUCAGAACGGGCAUGGGCUGGUUGAUGGAGAGCGUCUUCCAGGAAAUCGAUGUGGAAACGAAUCAGGUUGUGUUUGAAUGGCGGUCUCUGGACCACGUCGAUCCGUCCGUGAGUUACACCUACCCGUCGUCCACGGACACGUCCGGCACCGGGCUCGAGCCACGGUCUCCGUGGGAUUAUUUCCAUAUCAACUCAGUCGACAAGAACAAAGAUGGCGAUUACCUGAUUUCUUCGCGCCAUACGAGUUGCAUCUACAAGAUCUCCGGCAAGGACGGCUCGGUCCUGUGGCGGUUGCACGGCGCCAAUCCGUCCUUCAAGAACAUCAACUUUAGCUUCUCGCAGCAACACGAUGCGCGCUGGCUCGGCGAGAAUGCUACCCAUACACUCUUGUCCCUGUACAACAACGGCUACAAUGGCUACAACCAGACACAUCCCUAUUCGUCCGGCAUGAUCAUCCUCAUCGACCACGUAGCCAAGACGGCGACGCUGGUCCGCGGAUACAAGCCGCUGAAUGACGACAUGAUCAGCUCCAGUCAGGGAAAUAUGCAGGUGCUACCGAACCGGAAUGUGUUUAUCGGCUGGGGGAACAAUGCGUAUAUAUCCGAGCACGACGAGCAAGGCAGGCUGGUCUUCUGGGGUUACAUCGACAAGGACCGGAUCAUGAACUACCGGGCCCUGAAGUUCGAGUGGGAGGGCAGUCCGACCGACGUGCCCGCUCUGUGGACCUAUGCCAAAAGCAAUGAUGGAUUCUCGCCCACUACGUUCUACGUGAGCUGGAACGGCGCAACGCGCGUGAAACACUGGCGUUUCUACGGCGCUGCAAACUCGACCGGCCCCUACGAGCUCCUGAGGCAAGUCGACAAGCAGGGAUUCGAGACCAUGUACACCAAUUCGACCUUCUACCCCUGGUCGUAUGUAGAAGCAGUCGACGCCCAGGGCAGAGUCCUCAGCAAGUCCCGGAACCAGUUCACCUUCACCCCGUCGCCGGACCUGCAAGGCUAUUGCGCGGAUGACUUUUGCCGCAAAGCAGAGGCAUACGGCUUACCUGGCGAGGUCGACCCGAAACCGUUCAUUCCUCCUGUGGGAAUCAAUUCCGUCCCUUGGAUAGACCCUGACCACCCAGAAUCGCACUACAACCUGGGGCAACCCGGUGCAGCAGCCCCUACAUCCGCUCCGCAAGGUGCCAAGGGGGUAUAUGCACAAGCGGGAUGGAUCGUUCCUGUGACCGCGGUGGCCCUCGCGGCAAUCGGGGUGCUUUUGAUCCUCCGGGUUUGCCGCCGACAGCGGCAUCCGCAGCGAGAAAAAGAGCACAGUUCAUCCGAGUCCUUAAACGAGCAUGAAGCAAAAGCUUCAACGGGUGCAGCUGGAUUGCGCUGGUGGGACUGGCGACGAUGGGUCGACUCGCAAAACGAACCGCAUCAUUACUUUCCGUUAUCGGAACAGAGGCCGCAUAGGCAUGCGGAUUCAUGA